UUGAUUCAAUAAUAAUUUUGAAAGAGAUGCUUGAAGAGCAAAAGCCUAGCAAAAACACUAAAAAAUCAUCUGCUUGAGCCAGAGGCUCUAAAAAAGCUUCCCAGAAUGCAAAGGAGAAAAAUAGAAAACUUCAGCCAAACAAGCCGUGAGAGGUUUGAAAAAGAGCCCAGCUCUGAGACCUUUGCCAAAAGCAAUGGAUUCUUAGUGAUCUAGAGGCAAUGGCUAACCUUGUGCAACAGCAGAAGCAAAAGCAAAUUUGAGAUCAAUCAGAUACCAAUCCUUCGCUUGAUAACAAGAGUCAAAAGAGAAGAAAGAAUAGGAAUAAGCCUAAGAGGAAACAACCAACCUCCAGCACUAGAACGACCAAUGCUAGCAAUAAGAGAAUCAAACUUAAGGAAAUAGACUCUAACUCUGAGGAGGAAUCAAGCGACAAUUUGUUAGAAAUCACAAAGAUGAUUGAUAAAAAUGUUGAAAGAGCUAAUAGGUUGAGCAAGAACAAUAAGAUAAAGGAAGAGGCUCCAACAAGGAAGAGUAAGAGAACUAGACAUGCGCCUGCAAAGGAUCCAGAAAAUAGUAAUAUCUAUAACCUUGUUAAGAGCAGCAUUUACUGUGAGAAUGAUUAUGACCUCGACAAGUUCUAUCUUGGCGAAACUGUUGACCCAUGCUUAGACAAUAAAGACAAACUCAAAUCCAGUUUUGAUUCCCCAUCAAUUAAGAGAAAAAGAAAAACUAAAGAAAAAUCGAUUGAAGUUGAAUAAACUGACGAGAUAGAUAAAAUGUACUGGUAUUAAAAGAAUGAGA